AUGGAGAGAACAUUAUUCGCGAGUUCGACCGUGCUUCUUCCCAAUUUUAGAAGUCCCAAGUUCCCUCAAUCUGCCAACCAGGAAACAUCAUGGGCUCCAGAGAGCACGCAGGAUUUGAAGUUAUAUCCGUAUACGGAGCUGUUUCUCUCACGUUCUUUCCAGAAGCAAAUCUCUCACAGCCUACAAAGCUUGCAGUGGGAUCAUACGAGUUCGGUACGGAGUACAUGGACGUAUCUCUAUGUUCUCUUCUUUAUUUCAACAGAAAACGAAUACCUCCGAGAAAAUUCAUCGUCAUGGCGUAUCAUCUCAUCUGUUUCUCUGCCGUCAAGAACGGGGAGUGAUACUGCGUUCGUCCGCUUUAUCACAUUUAUGGUAGCCUCCCUUGACGUGAUUCUUGGUAACGCCUCAGAAGCUUUCGGCUCAACUAUAAGACUCUCCAAGUCUAGGUACUUUGAUCUUCCUGGCUAUCACCAAAAGUUCUUCAGACGUCUUGUCUCCCGCGUGUCUUCACUAGACAUUGCCAGCGCAACAACUUCACAUACACAUCGGAAGCGCGGUGGCGACGUUGCGGUAAAUAACAAAUGGGCGAACCACGACAAAGUCGUCCCCCUUGCGGAAGCUCCUGGCUAUGAUCUUGAUGGCGAGGUCCAGAUGACUUUCAAGCCCCUAAUUCACUCAUGGCACGGAUGUGUUCCAUACGCAGCGGUCGACGCUGAUGGUGCUGCUGGUGCUGGUUUGAAGCCAACAGGUAAAGCCGGCGGCGAUUGCCGCGACUUUGGCCAAACUGGUCAGACUUACACGCGAAUCGGAAAAUCCCAUGACCGGACGGGCGUCAUCUACAGCUACUAUUUACCCAAAGUGCAGGGUAACGACGAGCAGCAUAAGCAUCACUGGAUCACAGCCGUCGUUUGGCUCGCCGUCGAUAAGUGUCCCGACGAUAUUGCAAACUUUUCGCCUCGCGGCGUCGUGUACUCUACGAACCCACAAGGCGCAUUCGAUACCACACACAACACCAACACCCUGUUCGUCAGCUGGGAGAACUCAGCGACAGCAACACGCCCUAUUCUAGCAUACGAUGCCGGGGUUCCUCUUAUCCCUUCUGCAAAUGGUCCCGAAGGAGCCUUGAGCCCCCCUCUGGUCGCCUGGGAUCGCCUCCCAGCUGCAGCGAAAGAGCAGCUGAAUGGCAUCCGAUAUGAGCACACCAGAGUUCCUUUCAGCGACGCCAACUUCCAAGUGACUCUCGACUCGGCUUACAGCGAUACCUUCUUCACUGGCGUUGGUCCAGAUGGUACGGAUUGUGGCGAUGAUACGCCGUCGCAGGACGAGAUUGAUCCUGAUUUCGGAGACCCAAUUGCAUCCUCCACUGCGACGCCCGAGCCUGAAGCCACUGAGUCCGUGCCAGUAUGGAUCCACGGCCCGGAUUUGCGGAUGGAGCUUGCGGAUAUGGACGCUGGGUGGAAUUCGCAUAAUAAUACAUGGAAAUCAAAGAUUGGCAAGAUUUCGAUGACAUAUAUCAAUAGGGAAAGUCGAGAAAUACUCAAGGUCUUCUGUCUUCGGGUGGCUUGUUCAAUUGCAAGUUCGAAUAACGGCGGCCACAUCUCUCAAGAUGGGAACCCCAUUUUUGGGACCGUUCAUCUGAUCGCCCGCUGUCGGGGGAGCUGUGACCGACAUGGUUCCCCUCCACGAAUCAUUGUCAUCUCAUCCCGCCGCAAGGAUGUCCCUUUUGUGAUUUCCGACGGCACUGCAUCUGUAGAAUCAUUGGAGCUAUCAGCACAUGAUCCAAUCUCAUACACCACCCGAAUAUCAUUAAUGGCUUCCCAAUUCGAGUUUGACGAGUCCAUCAAGGGCGCUCUGCCCGCCGACUUCACCUGGGGCUUUGCCACGGCCGCUGCUCAAGUUGAGGGUGCCUGGAACAAGGAUGGCAAGGGCGAGUCUAUCUGGGACAAAUUUGCGCAUACUCCAGGAAAGGUGAAAGAUGGAAGCACAGGCGACGAUGCUGUGCGCUCCUACGACCUCUACAAGACAGACGUCGCACUCAUGAAGAGAUACGGCGUCAGCGGCUAUCGCUUCUCUCUCUCAUGGUCGCGCAUUAUUCCACUCGGCGGCAAAGACGACCCCGUCAACGAAGACGGCAUCGCAUACUACAACCGCCUGAUUGAUGAGUUACUCGCCAACGGUAUCACCCCGUACGUUACGCUCUUCCAUUGGGACACCCCGCAAGCCCUCGAGGAUCGGUAUGGUGGUAUGUUGGACAAGGAAAAGUACACGCCCGACUUUGUUCGAUACGCUCGCGUCUGCUUCGAGCGCUUUGGCGAUCGAGUCAAAGACUGGAUCACCUACAAUGAGCCCGGUGUCUACACCCUCGCGGGCUACGCCGCCGGAGUGCACGCCCCAGCCCGUUCCAGCUUCCGCGAGCUGAAUGAAGAGGGCGACUCUUCCACAGAGCCCUUCAUCGUCGCGCAUACCGAGCUCAUCUCCCACGCCUACGUGGCCGACAUGUACAAAAAGGAAUUCAAGCCAAAACAAAAGGGCAAGAUUAUGAUCACGUUGCACGGAAACUGGUCUGAGCCCUGGGACGCAUCGGACCCGCUCGACGUCGAAGCCGCGCAGAGGGCCCAGGAAUUCGAGAUUGCGUGGUUCGCCGACCCAUUGUAUAAGACCGGCGACUACCCGGAGUCCAUGCGCGCGCAACUCGGCGACAGACUGCCACGGUUCACGCCCGAGGAGAGCAAGCUUGUGCUAGGUAGCUCCGAAGUCUACGGUAUGAAUUCGUACUCUGCGUUCUACGUCAAGCACCGCGACGGUCCGGCCGACAUCAACGACCACAAGGGCAACAUUGAGCAGUUUGACGAAAACAAGGAGGGUGUGCUGCGCGGACCGAUGAGCGAUACCUACUGGUUACGCACGACGCCGUGGGGAUGGGCAAAGUUGCUGCGAUGGAUCUGGAAUCGGUACCAUGUACCCAUCUACAUUACGGAAAACGGGACAACGGCGCAAGGCGAGCAUGAUUGGAAACCCAAGGGCCCUGACGAUAUUCUCGAGGACCCAUUCCGCGUUGACUUCUUCAAAAGUUACCUUACAGAGGUGGCAAAGGCUUCGCAAGAAGGUGUUGUUAUCAAGUCCUACUUUGGAUGGACGUUUACGGACAACUGGGAGUGGGCGGCAGGGUUCUCGGACAGGUUCGGAGCGACGUGGAUCGAUUACGAGAGUCCUGAAAAGACGCGCUACCCGAAGAGGUCGGCACUUUUCCUUGGGGACUUCUUCAAUCAUCUGAUUAGCAAAGACUGA